CAAAAAUAUAUUUAAUCCAUUUUUUUUUAGCGCAGUUAACUUUGUAAGAAGAAGAAGAAGAAGAAGAAGAAGAAGAAGGAGGGUGAUAAAGAAAUCGUUCCACUUGGAUUCAAGCACUCUCUCGGUCUCAUCAUCUCAGGUGUGGUUUGAAGUUUGCUAUUGAUAACUAACUUUGUGACAAUGAUUUUGAUAAGCGGGAAUAACAAAAGUGGUUUACAACAAGCAAAUGAUGACAGGACCAAAGCACAAGGUGUUACAAUUCACCACAAUUCAAAUCAGCAAGGAAAUAAAAGCGUUGAAAGUGGGCGCACACAGAAUUCGUCCAACACAGUUUUGGCUAAAGGAACUACAGCAUUGGAUGAAUUUAAAUACGGGUUUCCAUCUGAAAGCUUAUCGACCACUUCAAAUAAAUGGUGGGGAUGUAGUAAUCGCGAUGAUUGUGCCAAAACCAUCCCAGAUGGAGCCAAGAGUCAACCCGAAAAAAGCGGAGGAGAAGCAGAAAAGAAGGAAUGUGAAACCGGAAAAGCUGAAAAUAGUGAAGAAACUCCUCAAGGUUCAUCUUUAUUGAGAUCUGUGAGGAAAAGAUCUGUAGAAGAAGGAAGAGAAGCAUUUAAAUUAGGUGUUUUUCGAGGCUAUGGUGUAAACAAGCUAGGCAAAAAGGAGAAAAUAUUGCUCCACCAAAUAUUUGGAUCUUCAUUGCCAAAGUCAUAUGGCUUGUAAUUUAGAAGUUGGAUUUGGUGAAGUAAUUGUGUCAUGAAGUUUUCAAUCUCAACCGACUGACCUCAAAUUAACAGCCAAGAUCGUUUAAAACUGUUUUUAUUAUCGUGUAAUCUAAACAGUCUGAUGGUUUACUGUGUAAAAACGCGUGCUUUUUGCACUGCAUGGAAUUCAUAUCUGUAAUUUAGUGUCAGUAUCAUUUUCUGCAUGGCCUUUUAGACAACUUCAUGAAUGAUGUAGUUUUUCUAGCUGGUAUUUGGAACCAAUGACAUGUGGAACUUUUGUUCUUAUUUCA